AUGAUUUUUGUAACUCAAUUUAUUAAAAUACAUAUUUUAUCAUUUGUUAUUGUACGAGGUCUAAUCAAAAAGUAUCGAGACUGAUACGAGUAAUCGUAAACUGGUUUGAGUAUGAACUUGCACGUGCUAUAUUAAUCUAACUUUAUAUUUUGGGAAAAUAUAUUAGACAUAGAUUAGAUUAAAAUUGUCCCAGUCGGCUUCUAGGUGCGAUUAAGUCAAGUGUGUUUUUACGUCCCGUCGGAUUUCAUAAUGAGCGAAAAUACAGAACAACGAGUGUGCAUUAAAUUUUACCAUAAACUGGAAAAAACGGCUACUGAAACCUACCAAAUGUUAUUGUUAGCUUAUGGAAAUGAAACCAAGUCCCGUACUCGCGUUUUUGAAUGGUUUAAACGAUUUAAAGAGGGUAGAAUAACUGUUGAAAGUGAUGAACGUGAAGGACGCCCAUUAACAAGCCGCAAUGAGGAAAUGAUCCAAAAAAUACGAACAGCAACACGAGAUAACCGUCGUUUGACAAUUAUGAAACUUAGUAAUGAGUUUCAAAUUUCAUUUGGAUCAGAUCAAACCAUAUUAACGACUGUUUUAGACAUGAGAAGAGUUGCAGCCAAAUUUGUUCCAAACCUGCUCUCAGAUGAGCAGAAAUAAAAUCGAAACAGAUCGCCACUGAUUUGCUAAAGUGUUCCGAAUCUGAUGAUUUUUUUUUUAAAUCAAUUAUAACUGAUGACGAAACUUGGGUAUAUGGCUACGAUCCAGAAACAAAGGUACAAUCUUCGCAGUGGAAGACACCUGAUUCAUCACAACCCAAAAAAGCUCAUCAAGUUCGGAGUUAAGUGAAGGUCAUUUUGAUCGUUUUUUUUUGACUACCAAGGUAUUGUUCAUCAUGAGUAUGCUCCAAAAGGACUGACCAUAACAAAGGAGUACUACAUUGAUGUUCUUCGCCGUUUACGAGACGCUAUACGAAGAAAAAUACCUGAGUUUAAAGAAUCUGGUAGUUGGAAAUUGCAUCACGAUAAUGCACCAACCCAUUCAGCCCAUGUUGUGCAGCAAUUUUUGGCCAAACAUGGUAUCCCAGUUGUUUCUCAACCCCCUUAUAUACCAGACCUAGCUCCAUGUGAUUUUUUUUUUAUUCCCAAAAAUAAAAAUGGCGCUUAAGGGUAAACGUUUUCAAGAUGUAGAUGAAAUAAAACAAAAUGCGACGGAAGAGCUACGAAGAGUUUCUAAAAAUGACUUCCACAGGUGUUUUCAAAAAUGGCAGGAACGUUGAAGAACAUGUAUGGACUCAGAAGGAACAUACUUUGAAGGAGAUUGAAUGUAAAUAACUUUAUCUAAUAAAUAUUUAUUUUUUUUUUUUUAACA